CAAGAAAGUCACCUCAGAAUUUGCAGCUGUGAAGAAUACUUUUCUUAUUAUUUUCUAUAUAUCUUCAAAAAGAAAAUAAGUUAGCAGAUAUUUUAUCUUAAAUAACCAAGAGCUUUGCUGAACCUGAAUCCUGUAUUCAAUCAUUCAGAAGUCUGGGCCUCUUCUUCAGAUAAAGCAUGGCUAAUGCAGGGGAUGAGACGCUGGAGAUGGCAGCUCUCGGACGACCCUUCCAGCUGGGAAUGCUGUAUGACUGCCUGAAGGAUCGCCUCAUUCCAGGAAUUACUUUGUGGAACCUAGAAGAACUAAAAGGCAGCAUAAAUAAAGAAAACCAGCCGAUAACCGAGUUCAGUGUGAGCACCUCGGAUUCCAUUGAAGAGAAGGCUUCUGCUUUGAAAGUGGACACUUCCCUGAAGGCGAGUCUCCUGGUUGGUUUGGUUAAAGUGGGUGGAGCUGCAAAGUACUUCGACGACAAACAGAAAUCAACAAGACAAUCCCGAAUCACUCUGCGGUACUACACAACGACACGAUUUGAGAAUCUGACCAUGAAUCACCUGGCCAAAGAGAAAGUGUCUCACCCCAGCGUGUUUGAAGACAAGACAGCGACUCACGUGGUCACCGCUGUGCUGUACGGAGCUCAAGCGUAUUUCGUAUUCGACCAGCAGGUAUCUUCAGAGGAGAAGAAACAGGAAAUCCACAGAAAAAUGGAGCUUGCAAUAAGUAAAAUACCUACAAUUAAAAUCAUAGGUCAAGGCUCUACUGACUUGAAGGAAACAGAAAAAGAUGAAGUUGAAAAAUUGGAAUGUACAUUUCAUGGAGAUUUUCAUCUCAAAUCUAACCCAUCAACUUACCAAGAUGCUGUGAAAGCCUACUCAACUCUUCCAGAAUUGCUCGGGGACAAAGGAGAGAACACAGUGCCUGUGAAGGUCUGGCUGUACCCGUUAAUCAAGCUGGACUCCAGGGCUGCCAGGCUGGAAAGGAACAUAAGUGACUACUUGGUAACAUCUGCGCAAACUGUCUUAGAGCAAUUUAAUACAAUUGAAAUGCAAAGCAACGACAUGAUAAAAGACAUUGUUACCCAAACGUUUCCUGAAGUCAAUGAGAAGAUUAAAAAACUGAAACAAAGUGGCAAUCAGUACAAGCUGAAUUUCAUGAGCAAACUCUCCACUGUGCUGCCUUCCAUCCGCGGAGGUGUGCAAAAGGAAGAGUCACUCAGAAAGAUUUUAAACAAUCACGAAGAGUCCCCUUUUAACUUUAAAGAACAACAUGCUUGGCUGAACAUCAAAAAAAGAGAAAUCAAUACCGUGGGGGGUUGCCUUACUAAUUUAACAGACAUAAAAUCUGUAUCUUCUAUGAAUGAGCUAGACCAGGAAGAAUUAAACAAUGAGACUGAAAAUAUUGUUUGCUUUACCUUCACCUCACUGCACGAGCCAGAACCAUAUCUGGAAGAUCUAAAUAACUACCUUGAAACCCAAGCGAGUAAGAACACUCAAAGUUCAAAUCCUAGUAAAUAUGUCCAUCAAGAGAGCAAGCAAUGGGUGAGUAACGAGACUAAACUGAAGAUAAAAAUGUAUUUGAAGGUAUUCCAGGAGUUAGUGAACAUCAACAGGGAGAAUAAGAAAACAAAAUUCUUCAUAGCUUCUAAGGAAGACCAGGAGUUUCCUGGAGCCUGCAUUCUCCUGCAUGAAAAUGGAGCAUCGAAAUACAUACAUUUCAAGAUCCCAGCAAAACCUGACGUCCCUGAGGUCUGUGAUGUCACCCAUGACAGUGCGACUCUGAAGGUGGUGCCUCCCAGUAGUGAUGCUGAUCAGAAACUAAAAUACCAUCUGGAGUAUAAGUGCAUUAAUCAGAAGGAAUGGGCAAUUCAGUCCAGCACUUAUAAAACAGAGACCCUCACUGUAUCAGGAUUGAAACCGAACACAGAGUAUGAAUUUAGAUACACAGUGGAAGGGAAGUUGGGGUAUUCUGUGAGCAGUGACACAACCAGCAAAGUCAAGACAACAAGACCACCUGCACAAGCCACAGUUUUCGACGAUGAUGGCGAUGAUGAUGAUGACGAUGAUGAUGACGAUGACUAUGAUGACGACAACAUCUGCUGGUGUUGUUCUCGGGCUUGUUUUAAUGUGUGAGCGAUACACAAAUACUGAUGCUGCUGCUGUUGGUCUCCUGAUUUUUUGGAAACGGACAAAACUACCAGGACUUCUAGACUGCGUCGACGUUCCAGUCCUCCAUAUCUCCUUCUCAUGGAAACCGCUUGCAUCUGAGAUUGGACUUUGCUUUAAACAUUGUCGCUGUACUAAAUCGUCCACAUGGUAGAGAGAUCGCAUCCGUUUUAGAUACGGACAUAAGUGAUUUGUAAUCCUUUUUUUAUCAGUGUAUUCUUGUAUAAUCAAUUCCUGUAUUUUAGUGGUGGUCUGUUUGUUUUAUUGUAUUUUGUUUUCAUAUACAAAGCUUCAGACUUUAUUGUGUGUGCUUCGUGAAAGUGCUUUGUAUAUUUUAUCUUUGGUGUUUUUGAUUUGUUUUAUUGUAUUUUAUUUUAAUAUGAAAAGCUCCCGAUUUUAGACUACAUCAUUUUAUUGUUUUAAUAUUAUGUUAGUUGCUUUGUGUAUUUUUUGAAUUGCCCAAAAUAAACAUUUUAAAACUUAUUCUGUUUGCUUGUUCUUCCUGUCUUGUGUUGUCACGCACCCCUUCCAGUACUAAAUAAAAGAACCUGUGCAGGUUGAUAAUUGCCCCCGUACUUCCUGAGUGGGUUUCCACUCUGGGGUAGUCAGGCUACAUUAGUACUUUUGCAUUUAACACUUGUAGCACUGAUACCUCUGCACCUGUAUAACGUGUCUCUCCAAGGUGCUGUAGCACUGA